UUCCUGCACGGCCGAGGCCAGAAGGAGCUGAGCGUGCAGAUGGUGCAGACAAUGAAGAUUGGCUUGAAGGACCAAAACAAGGGGUUGUUCUCCAUCUGGCAAGAGAUCUUCCAGCUCCCAAAGGUCCAAAGGCACAGGAUAGGAAUGGACCCCGCUUUGCCAACCCAGCUCCUGGUGGGUGAUGAGGACCUGUCACACCUCGGGGGGACGGCUGGCUUCAACGCAUCCUCCCACCGCUUCCACUACAUCCUGCACCUCGCCAUCUCCUCGGGGGAGCAGGAGAAGCUGGCCCAGGGUCUGUACGACAAUUUCCUGAACAUGAAGCUGCGGGACUCCAGUUUCAGCUCGGUGUGCUUGGCCCUGGAGUGGCUGGGCUUCUCUGACUUGCUGAGCCGGGCUGUCCUGCACGGGCAGAGCUUCCAGCUGAUGCGGUACCUGCCCUUCCUGCCCGUGGCUUUCCACCUGCUCUUCGCGGCCACCAGCAUCCCCCGGCUUGCUUAUCCCAGCAGCCAGCAUGAGGCCCUGGCCAAGCUGAACCACAUGCAGAACCUCGUCAUGUCCAUGGUGUCAGGGAUAACGCCCAGCGCCCGCAGCCGUGCGGGGCUGCAGUCUCUUGUCUUGGAGGUGCUGUGUCUGCUGCUGGACAUCAUCUCCCCGAAGCUCCGACCGGUGAACACGCAGCUCUACAGCGUGAAGGAGAAGCAGCAGCUGGCAGACCUCAUCAGCACCAUGCUGGCCUACAACCUCACCUACCACCAGGAGCGCCUGCCCGAGGGCCAGUACGUCUACAAGCUCGACCCGAACGUGGAGGAUGUCUGCCGGUUCCCGGACCUGCCGGCUCGCAGGCAGCUGACCUACCAGGCCAAGCAGCUCAUCGCCAGGGAGAUCGAGCUGGAGAAGAUGAGGAGGACAGAGGCUUUGCUGCAGGCACGAAACCUGGGCAAGGAGCCCAGGAACGGCCUCGGCGAGGCAGAGGAGCGAGAGGACACGGGGCCGGCGGUGCCCCCCAACCACCAGCAGCGCCUGGAGCACAUCAUCCGGAGGGCGGCGGUGGAGGACAAGCCUGAGACCGAUUUCUUCGGGCGACCGCUCCGUCGGCGGCAAAGCUCCCCGGCCCUCGGGGCCCCCCCU